CAUGGCGGAACACGGAGCACAUUUAACGACCGCAUCAUCAGAUGAAAGACCUUCGAUAUUUGAAGUUUUAGCGCAGGAUUCCUUGAUGAGCGCAGUCAAGCCUGCCUUGCAACACGCCGUCAAGAUCCUUGCAGAGUCCAACCCCACUCGAUAUGGAGUCCUUUGGAGGAGGUUUGAUGAGAUCUACGCCCUCUUGGAUCUGCUUUUGCAGCACCAUUUUCUUUCUCGUUCCAGUGCUUCCUUCUCUGAGAACUUCUACGGUCUGAAGCGAGUGCUGACCUCUGAUCCCACCCGGCCUGCACACUUUGGCCUCAGACGCAAGCAACACCUGCGGUCUCUAUUGCUCCUGGCACUCCUGCCUUACCUGCGUGCCAAAGUGGAGAAGAUAUUAGCUCGUCAGAGGGAUGAGGACGAUUUCUCCAUACGGCUGCCCCAGUCCCUUACUCAGAAGAUGUACAGGGCCUUCCUGGUCGCCUAUCCUUUCGUCAGUAUGGCUUGGGACGGCUGGGUGUUUUGUCAGCAGUUGCUGUAUGUGUUUGGCCGAACACGCACACAUUCACCCUUACUGUGGAUGGCCGGGGUCAAACUGGCACACCUCACAGCACAUGACAUCCAAAGCCUGGAUCUGAAGCCAAGCAGCCCCAUUGGCACAAACCCAAGUGUUGGUGAAAAAAUGCAGCGGAUAUUGUCCUCGGUCGUCGGUGGUGUGGCCAUGUCCCUUUCCACUGGUCUGUCCCUGGGGGUUUUCUUUCUUCAGUUCUUGGAGUGGUGGUACUCCUCAGAGAACCAGAGCACUGUGAAAUCAUUGACCACUCUCCCCACGCCACCUCCCCCUGUGCACCUCGAUGACCAAGCAGCGCCGGGCAUUCUCAGCAAACUCUGCCCCCUCUGCCGAAAAGUCCGUGCCAACGAUACCGCUCUGUCCACGUCUGGUUUUGUGUUCUGCUAUCGGUGCAUAUACAUGUAUGUCAAGGCCAAUCAGAAGUGUCCCCUAACUGGCUAUCCCUCUGGAGUGCAACAUCUCAUCAAGAUCUAUUCAUCUGAAUGCUAGAUUCAUGUCUACAAUUCAGUUGUAUGGUAUUUUAAUAAGUAUUAUUCGAAUAGAAACCUCAAAUGAAUGCCUUUAACAGACUGAUUCAAAAUAAUUUGAAACCUUAGAUUUUUGAAUUUUCAAAUUGAAAUGUUAACUGUUAAUCUUUUUUUAAUUCACAAUACUAGGACAACUCAUCACAUUCCCUCGUUGAUCAGCUCUCAGUGUUUUUGCCUUAACACCGCUCCUAUGGAGAACAUAUUUUCAUAUGUGGCGAUAUUAACGGACCUUGUGGACCAUUAGUGGACCUUGGCAACAUGGACAAAUUCUAGAUUAUUCUAGAUUGUAGGCUAGAUUUAGACCAUUAGGGUACUAAAAACAGGUUACAAAACUAUGCCAAGUAGUUACAUGGGAACCCAUUUCUCCACUGGGAGAAAUGGGUUUCACUCUUUACAGGUACAUACUUCGCAGGUUCAGUUUCUACUCAUCAUGGACACAAAAUGGCACUGUUAAUUCAUUUACACCACAAUUGAGGAAUGUUAACAAUAAAGUAAUAAUGUGUAUAUAUACAGGAAAAUGUUUUUAAUGUUUUAAUAAAAAAAUAUUUUAUAAAACUA